CGUAAGGGCUGUUUAUUUUUGGGUUUUCAUUCGUUCUACAAGAUUUUUUCUUAAAUAAUGUGCUUCCCGAUUGUGUCGAAUUGUAUAUUGUGUUUAAAAAUGUUGAAAAUGUUGAAAAUGUUGUGUUGAGGAAGCAGCAAUGACUACCAAAACGAAGAUGAGCAGUUCUGAGGAGGUAUCCUGGAUUUCAUGGUUUUGCAACCUCAGGGGUAAUGAAUUCUUUUGUGAGGUUGACGAGGAUUACAUUCAAGAUAAGUUUAACUUGACUGGACUAAACGAGCAAGUACCACAUUAUAGGCAAGCAUUAGAUAUGAUUCUUGAUCUCGAACCUGCGCGUUUGUAUGCAGAUGAUGAAUUGGAUGGGCAUCCGAAUCAGUCUGAAUUAAUUGAACAAGCAGCAGAAUUACUCUAUGGACUUAUUCAUGCACGUUACAUUCUUACCAAUCGAGGUAUCGCUCAGAUGAUUGAAAAGUAUCAAGCUGGUGAUUUUGGCCAUUGUCCACGUGUUUAUUGUGAAUCCCAGCCAAUGCUACCUUUGGGUCUCAGCGAUGUCCCUGGAGAAGCAAUGGUAAAAAGUUAUUGCCCCAAAUGUAUGGAUGUUUAUACACCAAAAAGCUCUCGGUACCAUCACACAGAUGGAGCAUUUUUUGGAACGGGAUUCCCACAUAUGCUUUUUAUGGUUCAUCCAGAGUACCGACCUAAACGUCCAACAAAUCAAUUUGUACCUAGGUUAUAUGGCUUUAAAAUUCACCCUUUAGCAUAUCAGUUUCAACAACAAUCUGCAUCAACAUUUAAAACACCAUUGCGAGCGGUUAAUUAUAACAAUGGAAAACGUUAAGAAUAUUGCAGCAUAGUCUAGAACAUUUUUUUCAUUACUCAUAAUAAUUCCUAAUUUCGUCCCUAAAGAUUAAAUAAAAUAUUAUUUUUUAUAUUGCUCUUUACACAUUUUAGCAAGGCGCUAAAAAACCAAUCACUUUAAUUAAUCAUUCAUCGACUACAAGAUUGAACGCGACACUCGAUACUUUUCGUACAUUUCCACGGUAUUUGUAGCAUACCGAAAAGAUUGAAGAGUAAUAUAGCAAAUUUUUAAUAUUCGUUAAGCGCCGAGCUUGUUUUUAUUUCAGUUUUAGUAACAAUGUUCUUUCAUGUUGCAAAUCGUGUUUGUAUUGUUGCAUCAAAUCUGGACGAUUAACAAAAAAUAAAUAAAUAAAUGAAAUGCAUACUUAAGAUAAUUGGGUAUAAGGAUGCAGAUGAAGAUUAUUAAUAGAAUAUACUUGUUUAGAUGUUUUACGUUUCCAUGAUUGCUACCAACUAGUUCCUACGGGUAAGAAAAAUCAUAAAUGAAGACCGACCGUGAGAUAGAGGAGUAGGUAGCAUUGGUUUCUGGUUUUUCAAAUAUGAAAAACAAUAUAUAUAAUUUGAUAAUUUGUUAAAUAUAAUUUAAUGUACCUACAAAAUACGAAUUAAGUUGCGAAAAACUGCAAUUUAUUUAUACAUGAUUUAUCUUAAUAAAUUACCAAGUUCAGAUAAACUAAGUAUGGAAUAAAUUUCAAAGUAAAGACUGUUACUAUUUCACAUUCUUGUUUUCUAUUGCCAUUCGUAGGAGACAAAUGUGCAAUGUUUAAUAAUCAGAUACAAAAUUCCAUGCAUUUUCAUUUUUUUAAUAUAAUAUAGGUACAUACAUGUGAAUAAACAGUUCAUACAGAAAAAA